CGUUGAAAUAGUUGAAAAAUUAUGUUGUGUUGUUUCUUGUUUAAAAAAUUAAUGAGCUGAAAAAUGAUCUUCUUUUAGUGUUUGAAUUUGAAGUGAACGUUAAUUACGAUUGCGAGUGCUAAUUCGAGUGUUUCCGAUGUUCGAAGAUAUAAUAUAUUUGCUUCAAUAACUUCAGUAAAUCACUGUUAUCAUCCAUUUAUAAUUUGCCGGGAUUUCGUUAUCAAAGUCGAACUCGCUGAAAUUUCACCAUGGCUAAAACUAAGAAGGAAAAAGUCAAAAGUUUCACGAGUAUAUUUGGAGUAAUCAAAAAUAAAAUUCUUAGCAUAUUUCACGCGUUCAAGAAAAUCUUCAUCGGUACAGAAAAGCAUAGAUUCCCGCUCAUCAAACUAGCCAAAAGGAUUUUCGCAACUAUACUGGCAUUCUACGUUCUGUUAUUCUUCGUAAUCCAUAGAUACUCGUAUUGGCUCCAGAGACAUAUUUUAUUCUUACAAUUCGUACGUUGGCCGUUGAAAACCGAUUUCAAUAAACCCGAGAAAUUCGAACUGAAGGGAUGCAAGAACUUCUACCUGAGUACCAAAGACGGUGUGAAAAUAGGCGUAUGGCAAAUUUUACCCGAAUCUUAUACUAGUCAGAGUCAAAUAGCAGUUGAAACCUAUGAUGAAGCUAUAGGAGAUGGUAAACCGAUCAUUAUCUAUGUUCAUGGAAAUUCUGGAACUCGAGCCACGUAUCAUCGUGUCCAAUUGUAUAAACUUUUGCAAAAGAACGAAUGCCACGUUAUUGCGUUCGAUUACAGAUCUUUCGGUGACUCAUCUUACGUACUUCCUGACGAAACCGGAGUUGUCGAUGACACCGGCACCGUGUUGAAAUGGACUUUCGAACACAAGAAAAAUUCGCCUGUUUAUGUUUGGGGUCAUUCACUCGGCACUGGAAUCGCUUCGAGAACAGUGACCGAAUUCGAAUUACGAGGCGAAUCUGUCGAUGGUUUGAUAUUAGAAGCGGCUUUCAACAACUUAGAAGACGCUAUCAGAAACCAUCCUCUAUCUGUGCUUUUCAGACACGCCAUCGGAUACGAUUUCUUCUUCGUGAAACCGAUUCAGAAUAACGGUAUUACUUUCACAACCGAUAAAUAUCUAGCGUCGUCCAAAAUACCACUGUUUAUCUUGCAUGCCAAAGACGAUUGGAUUUUACCCCCGGUUUUAGGACAAAAAUUAUAUCAAUACCUAGUUCAGAACCGUCCUAAAGUUCAAGAAAGUGUCAAAUUUGUGGAAUUCGGAAAAGGCUAUGGACACAAGUACAUGUGCAACUCGACCGCUUUAAUUAAUUUAAUUAACUUAUUCUUAUCGGGGAAAUUGAAUGAAAUUCCACCGGUAGUCGCUUGAUUGUGAUUCCGAACUGACAGAAAAUAAUGAAACCUCGGACGAUAUUUUAAUAUUAUUUUUAAUUUUUUUUUGAGCCAAUUUUUUUUAUCGCUUUGCGAAUUUUUUUCACCUAAUUUGAGCGAUACAGCGUAAAUUUUACUGAAAAAUUAUAUUAUCGUUGUUUUCAGUUCGAGACGAUGCAUAUUUUUUCUUAAUAAUUACCCACCAAUUUAUACUCGUAAAUGCGCGUGUAUCGCUCAAUAACAAUUACCAUAAUGUACUUUGGUGCUUAUUUAGUUAAUUAUUUCUACAAUUGUGAUAUUUUUUUUCUGACUAGGUAGCAUUUGGGCACAUUUAUGUUUAAGUUGAAAAUGAUUUAUUACCAUAAGAUUUUAUUUAUUGAGAUUUGAUACCCGUAGUUAUUACUGAUUGAGUGUUUUUUAUUCCUUCGUCGUGAGUUGGGCGUUUUUAACAGAUUGCUGAUUAGUGAUUAUGUAUUCAUUUUUUUUUUUUUUAAAUGAGGAGAAAUAAAAUGCUGGAAUAAUUUUUAUGUAAAAAG